ACUGCAUAAAGUUCAGCACGGUGUGAUUUUUUCGAUCAUUUCAUUACACACCCUGAGACAGACGACAGUCACAGUGUAACGCAAUCCGUCCUGGACCUGGAUAUACAGUUUUUCGCUAAAGAUCCGUCCAACCUUAUUUUAAAGUAUAAAUGAAAUUAUCCUGUUUUUAGGGAGUUUGACUACGACACUCCAAUCAAGAUGUAUAAGCUUGAUUUACCAAUUGAUUUGAAGGAGGCGGCCGCCAUUGAGCGGCGAAGAAACAUGGAGUUGGAACGGCAAAACAGAAUUUUCAACGCGAAAGUCCGCACGAUUGGGGUAGAUGUUCAAGCCGUAAAAGAACAAGUUCAUGACAGAAAACUACAGGAGGAAAGAGAGAAUCACAGACAUGAAGCUUUUGCAAAUGAUAUGAUUCGCAAUGACAAAAUCGCAGAGUUACUUACUCGUCGGAAAGAGCAAGAUGUGCGAAAUCUCAACAAAGCUCUCAAUGAGUUCCGCUCUCUAAAUCAACAGCCAGACGCAAGACGUGAGUGGGAUCUUAAUGACCCAGAAGCUAGAAAGAAGGACAAGCCCGCAAGAGUAUCAGACGAUGACCCCCGCUGUGGCAUCUCAGGUGUCCAGAAAUUUGAUGGGGAAGAUCUCAACUCUAAAGCCCGCAAGAAGCUGAUGGAGGAGCAGAUGAGGGAGUGGACAAGGAGGCAGGCGGAGGAAAAGAGACUCCAAGAGGCAAGACAGAAAGAGGCAGACAGACUUUACGAUCUUCAUCGCAGAGAGGCUGAUGAGAGGGCCAUGGAGCUUGCCAAGGCCGAGGAGGAAUGCAGACGAGCCAUCAAUGAGUCCAUGAAAGAUUACAACAAUUCACUGUCUGCUGAACAGGCUGAGAAAGCACGCCUUGCCAAACAACAGGAACUUGACGACAACUUCACCGAGAUCAUCAACCAUGUCAAUGGGGACGUACUCACUGAGAAUCCUGAUGUGGCCGAGAGUGCCUUUGGUCCCCACCGUGUGAUCACCGACCGCUGGAAGGGAAUGUCCCCCGAGCAACUGGAAGAGAUCCGUCGCAUCCAAGAGUUGCAACGACAGGAGAAGAAGCGCAUCCAGGAGGAUGAGGCAGAGAGAGAUAAGGAAUGGGAGAGACAGAGGCUGUUUGAUGCAAGGAACAGCUUGCUUAUGGAGAGAGAGCAAGACAGAAUCAAGAAAGGACUUGAGAAGGAACAGGUGGAAUCCAACAUCAGGCUAGGCUCAGAACAAAAAUCAAACCUGGACUAUAUGGAUAAAGAAGUGUACACCAAUAGACCAACAGCAGCAUACUUCCAACAGUGGAACACCACAAGUCGGUAGAUCCCAUCAACAGAAAGCUAAAUGUAGAUAUUUCAACAAAUUCUUGCUUUAUGAUGGUUUGCAUUUAACAAAAGAAGUACAUGCAUUCAAUUCCUGUUUUAAUUUUCUAAAGUACGUAAUGAUUCCUUCGUGAUGAAUACAAAACAAAUUUCACCACCACUUGGGUUGAAGAAGAGGUUAAGCAAUUUCCCCAUAACUGGUAUUAGUUUAGACAAAUGUAUGUUUAUUUUCGGUAAACAAUUUUUGAUACAGAAAAGCAAAAUUUGCUGAUGCACUUUCUCAGGAUGUUUACGCCCAUCAGUAAGGGCUUAAUUGCGCAGCAGAAUCGGUCCACACUUGUGCAAUGUUUCAAUGUUCCAUUUACGGUAAAAUUUUAACAUUGCAUUGAUACUACCUUGGCUUGACUUAACAAAACACACUUUGCUUAGCAUCUAAGGUUCAUUUACAUCUUAAUCACUCGGCCUAGGAUUCUUGGAAGUUUUCCAUGCUCGGUGACAGGAUUAAUUCUUUUCCCCGGAACUUGCAUAUUAAUUUGAAGGUGAGAUGCGCUCAACAUAAACUGCAUUACCCUUGGCCAUAAGCCAAGACCGAUAGAUGGCCGAUAUCAUGCUAAAUACAACGAUUAGUAAUGUCGGCAGCUAUAAUUCUUUUUUUUCUACAACAAAAGGACCUAGGUCUGGAAUGGAGGAUUACACAAUAACCCUAUGAAAAAGGGAGAAAAGUACUAAGAUAAUUAUAAAAGUACUAAACACUUCAUCUGGGGGCCAAUUUCUUAGAGCUGCUCAUUAAUGGCUGAAGUUGUGCUUACCAUGUGAGUUUCCAUUUCAUAGCGCUACUAACCAUAAGUGCAUGAAAAUGGAAUGCAUGCUCACCGCCAAGUGUUAAGCAGUGCUAUGAAAUUGGCCCCUGAUUGUAAGUGGUUAGGAUCAAUAAUUUUAUUAACUUUGUGAAACUGAGCCAUGUUCUAGCUUUUUAUCUCUUUUUUUAUGUGGCCAUUUAGCAAGGUCAUUUUCAUAGUAAUUUUGUUCAAGGGCAGUCUUGUCAACUAUGUUUGAAAAUGAGCAACAUAAAAUAUUCAAAGCUGUAUUUAUAAAUGAAGAAAGUGAUACAAGUUAUGCUUCCAGACGCUUCAGAUUCAGAUUCACUGAAGUUGUAUUCUUUCAUAUUUUCUGACAAUUGAUCCGUCCAUUUUACUUUAUAUUAUUAUUUACCACUGUAUGAUUUAACUUUAUGUAAAUACAUUUAAAUACAAAAAAACUUAUACAAAUGACUCAAAGUACUUUUAUUUGUGUACAUGUGAUGUUAUUUUAACAUUUAAAUAUAGUAACAAAAUCACCAAAACACAUUGUUGAAUUGAAUUUUUUCAAUCAAUAUGAACAGUACAUUAUUGCACUUACAAAUUGAAUUGUAAUUGGUCAUGUUUGGGCAGAUAACUAUGAUGCAACACCCAGCACACAGUCGCACUUUGCUACCUCUUCAUGGUCUACCAUUUUGGGAGUCAAAUUACUUGUACUCAACCCUUUUGAGGUUCUCACUCUACAGUUGUUUCAGUCUCCUGAAAACAAACUAAAGCACAUGAGUUGAAAGGUUGAGAAUAAGCCAGUCCAAUCUUAGAGCCAGCGUUUAUUAAAUUCUGUAUCCUUGAGGGCAAGUCACACUGCAGCGAUAACGAAAAACGAUAACGAUCAAGUUAGCAUGGCUCGCCCUCGAUUGGUGGAAUAAGCGAGCGCGGAACAAUUCUAGUAAGAUAAUGCGUUCUCUUUGCGUCAUGAUCGUUAUCAUUUUCGUUAUCGCUGCAGUGUGACUGGCCCUUUAGUCCCCAAAUGAUGGCAUUACAUGCCUUGAGAUAUGCAGGCAUGUGAGACUUCCUCUUUUCAACUGAUUUCCUCUUUUUUUUGGUUUUGAUUUUCCUCUUUUUUUACUUUAC